UGACCAUGAGGGCAGUGGGAAACACCUUUGUGGGUCUGGCAGGGAGAAGGAGCAUCCAGUAGUGCAAUCAGCACUGCCACCCACCUUCCUGGUAAGUGGGUGCAUUCACCCAGGAAACACCGAACUCUGCGUUAGCCUCAGGCACUGCCUUCUCCUGUGAGCUGGGAGAAAUUAUUUCAACUCUUCCCCAUAUUUCUUUGCCUCCUCUGUGCUGGUACCAGGGGAAUGGCUGGGGGAAACCACUCGAGUGUGACUGAGUUUGUCCUCUUGGGCUUCACUGACCUGCAGGAGUUGCUCUUUGUGAUUUUUUUACUCAUCUAUGUCACCACGCUGGUGGGGAACCUGGGGAUGAUUGUCCUCGUCAAGACCAACUCUCAGCUUCACACGCCCAUGUACUUCUUCCUCAGCCACCUCUCUUUCCUGGACAUCUGCUAUUCUUCAUCCAUCACGCCGAAGCUCCUGCUGGGCCUCCUUGCAGAGAGAAAUAUAAUUUCUUUCAGUGGCUGCAUCACACAGUUUUUCUUCUUUGCAGUAUUUGGCACCACAGAAGCCAUCCUUCUGGCCGUCAUGGCAUACGAUCGCUACGUGGCCAUCUGUGAGCCUCUGCACUACCUGGCUGCCGUGUCCCAUGGGCUCUGCGUCCGGCUGGUGGUGGGCUCCUACGCUGCUGGGAGCCUGAAUGCCUUUGUGCACACCAGCGCUCUCCUCCGUCUCUCUUUCUGUGGCCCAAACCUCAUCAAUCAUUUCUACUGUGAAAUCCCACCACUCCUGCUAAUCUCGUGCUCUGACACCUGGCUCAACAAGAUGGUGAUGGCCGCAUGCAUUGGCUUCAUCAUAACAACCUCGGUCUUGGCCAUCGUUGCUUCCUAUUCCUGCAUCCUGCAGACCAUCUGGAGCAUCUGCUCAGUGGAGGGCAGGCACAAAGCCUGGUCCACCUGCACCUCCCACUUCAUGGCUGUUGCUCUCUUCUACGGCUCUGCAGCUUUCUUGUAUUUCCAGCCUUUCUCCAGACAUGCAGAAGAUCAAGGGAAAACAGCCUCCAUCUUCUACACAGUGGUGACCCCCAUGCUCAACCCUUUCAUCUACAGCCUGAGGAACAAGGAUUUGAGGAGCACCCUCAGAAGAGCUACAAGGACGCUCCUCUCCUGCAUCUAUUCCCACAGGUCCUGCUGUAACUGAACCAAAGCAGGUCCACCUGCCACAGCCAGGACAGCAGAAGAAAUCAGGCUGGUGCCUGACAGAAGGAGGGCACCACACAUUUCUGCACAGCUGGUGAGGGGUACGUGCUGUACAGCGUGCUGAAACACUGCAGAGUUUGAAUUACAAAUUAAUCCUAUGUUGGGGGUGCCUUGGAAAAUAAAUUACCUGUAAUUACAAUGUCUGAAAGAAGGAAAGAAUGCAGGAGACAAUCCUAAAAACACUGUCAGUGAAACUUUUGGAGUAAAUGGAUUUAUAAGCAACUCUAGAACAUGCACAGCUGAUACUUUUUACCAAAGAGGAUUUACUCAAUAUUAUAACAAUAUGGAAUUCUGUGGGCUGAAAGAGUAGGCUCAGAGCAGGAGGGGACAAGCUAAAUAAAGGACUACAUGUUG